AUGUUUGGGUUUACAAGAAGAAGAAUGAAGCUCGGAAGAGUAAAAGUACAACUUUCGGACUCUGCUCAGGGAACUAGAAGUCCAAUAAGGCAUUCUAAACAGUUAGGCAGCACUAAUGGGGAAGGUGUUGCAUCCAAAACCAACGAACCCGAUGAACUGAACUUCCAGUCUUCAUCUAGUGCACCUGAGCUUAACAACCGCACCUCCGGAAGCUCUGAAAAUUGGAUGGUGCUUUCAGUCUCUGGAGACAAGCCUACACCUCGUUUCAAUCAUGCUGCAGCAGUUGUUGGGAACAAGAUGGUAGUAGUUGGUGGUGAAUCUGGAAAUGGAUUGCUGGACGAUGUCCGGGUACUUAGCUUCGACAGAUUUUCCUGGACUACAGCUUCAUCAAAGCUGUACCUUUCACCGACCAGUCUUCCCCUAAAAAUUCCAGCAUGCAAGGGUCAUGCUUUGGUUCCCUGGGGAAAGAAGGUGCUUUUAAUUGGAGGCAAGACUGAACCUGUGGGUGACAAAGUCUCAGUGUGGGCAUUUGACAUGGAAGCAGAAUGUUGGUCACUAAUGGAAGCCAAGGGAGCCGUUCCGGUUGCUCGAAGUGGUCAUACCAUUGUUAAAGCAAACUCUGUUUUAAUUUUGUUUGGAGGUGAAGACUCAAAAAGGAGGAAACUUAAUGAUCUGCAUAUGUUUGAUCUGAAGUCUCUUACCUGGCUCCCUCUUCAUUGCACAGGACCAAGACCAUCACCAAGAUCUAACCACUCUGCGGCCCUUUAUGAUGACAAAAUGCUUUUGAUUUUUGGCGGGGCAUCAAAAUCUCGGACGUUGAAUGAUUUGUACUCUCUUGAUUUUGAGGCGAUGGUAUGGUCAAGAAUUAAAGUACGAGGUUUUCAUCCGUCUCCUAGAGCUGGUUGUUGCGGAGCACUUUGUGGCACUAAAUGGUAUAUUGCUGGUGGUGGAAGCAGGAAAAAACGUCAUGCUGAGACUUUGAUAUUUGACGUUCUUAAGCUCGAAUGGUCUGUUGCUGUUGCAUCACCUUCUUCUUCCAUAACAACUAACAAGGGAUUUAGCCUCGUUCUUGUGCAGCACAAGGAAAGGGAUUUCCUUGUUGCAUUUGGUGGUUUCAAGAAAGAUCCAUCAAAUCAGGUUGAGGUUCUUAUCAUGGAAAAAGUCGAGUCUUCGAUGAUUCAAAGAUCAACUUUGAGUAAAGUUGCUGGAACCUUACUGCCUGAGAAGCACGCUUCGUCCAUUGGAAUGCCCACUCGACCAAUCCAUGGUUCUCUCAAUUAUCAAAUCGACUCUGUUGCAAGACAGAAUUUAGCAUCUGCGAUCGAACAACAUGGCUCUGGUAGAAAAUCAUUGUCAGAGUCUUUGUUAGUUGAUCCGAAUACUGCUCCUGGUAAUGUUUCUCUCCGGAAGCAAUUUUACAAUGAGGAGGGGAAUGCGGAUAUGCAGGUGACAAAGAGCUCAGAAGACAGAACUUCUUUCCGGAAAAUGGAGCAAAGCACAAAACCAGUUGAUGCUGGGGCUCAAAUGAGCCAUAAUGGGGAUAAAAUUGCAGAAUCUGUAUCUGAAUCUGACAACUUGAACACCUAUCACAAACAUGGAAGUGGCAGCUUUCAUUUAGAAAGUGACGAUAUAUUUCAAGAAAAUGAUGGUAAAUCAAGAAUAACAGCUCCAUCGGGUGUCUAUCAAAUGUAUGAAGCAAAACUGGCUGGUCUUUUAAAAAAGAACGGCAUUCUAGAAGGGCAGUUAGCAUCUUCUUUGGCUGGUCGUGAAGCAGCUGAAAAGAAUUUGUCGUCUGCUCUCAAAACUCGACAUGAUAUAGAGAAAAAAUUGGCAGACACGAUGAAAGAGGUUGAGUUGCUUAAAGAGAAGCUAGCUAGUGUAGAAGUGGCACAGGAAGAGUCCAACAGCCUGUCCAACAUUGUUCAUUCUGAUAAUGUAAGACUUGAACACGACGUGGCUUUCCUUAAGGCUGUUUUGGAUGAUACCCAAAAGGAACUGCAUUCAACUAGAGCAGUCCUUGCCGGAGAGAGAGCGAGAGCUUUCCAACUUCAGGUCGAAGUUUUCCAUCUAAAACAAAGGUUGCAGCCCCUGGAGAACCGAGCACCAACUCCGAGGAAGCCUUUCCAUUUAGCAUCCCUUCUCAUCUCUCCACCUAUUUCAUCUUCUCUCUAUCCCUCCAUUGGUGAUGUUGGAUGCUGCAGGGAGAGGAUCGGUGUCGCUACCACAAGAGAGCGGCGUUCAUCGUCGCUACAAGAGACCAACGUCGACGCUGUAGAGAGAGGAUCGACGGCCCUGCUGACUGCGAGCUCUGCCAUGCCGCAGAAAGAGGAGAGACGUCGAAAGAGGAGCUCUGCCUCUGCAAGAGAUUGUGAUGUAAAAAAAAGGAGCACUGUCCCGACCUCUGCCUAG